AUGUCGUCCGACGCCGCCUACGCCGCGUUCCUCGACAAGGCGAACGAGGACACGACCACCACGACCACGACGAAUAACGACUCCGGCUUCCUCGCGAGCAAGACGCUCGACGUCGAUGAGCAGCAGAUCCCAGCCAGCCUACGCAGCGUCGACGCCUUCUACUCUUCCGAAACCGACGAGCCGUUUGAGCCCGUCGUCCUCGCCUGCGACCACUGGCCCAGCGAAGGUAUUACUUCUUCUACUCCCUACUUCUACUCCUAUUCUUUACUGUCGGUGGCAGUGCUGCUUACGACGCGGACUAACAGUGGGACAGAGGAGUUUUCACGGCUUGUCCAUGGAGCCAGCUCCACACAGGUCAGCGUCCUGUCAGCAACCCAGUUCGACGCCCAGGGCCAGUACGCCGGCGUAGUCAAGGCCGUGCAGGCUGCUGGCCAUGGGGGUAAAGACGUAAGGGUGUAUCGGGUGCAGCAUGGAGCGACGCGGGUGGAAUACUGGCUGCUCGCGCUGGGCCAGGAGACGCUGGUGGGCCUCAAGGCGCGGGCGGUCGAGAGUUAA